UUGUAGAGGGGCAUCCGAAACUCACCGACUGCAAGAAGGACCAUCAGAGUCGCUUGGUACUGGUAGUACGCUCUAACCAAUUGCGGACACGGUGUUCUGACAGGUUGUCAUCAACGACAACCACCCCCCUUUGGGUUUACCCUGGUAGUCCUGGUACUCUCGCAGAUUAUCUGCAUUCGUUUACGGACCACCCUCAGGAGACUAAACUGUAUGAACUGAUAGUGCGUAGUGUAGUCGAUAUCGAAGGAUUAGGUGAUUUUAGUUAAAAUCAAAGACUGUGCUGUGUUAUGGAAUAUGUGAGUUAAGUGACUGACUAAUUUACAAGGUGUUUUCGAGAGUUUUGAACAAACUUAUAUCCCAUAGGGAUACACAUUCAAGUUUCCUGAAAGUUGAGUGCCACAUUUCAGGAUUAGCUUUGUAGAAUCCGAAAUGUGGCUGAUCCUCAAGAUUGCGAUAUUUUUCCUAACGAAAUCAGACGGAAAUUAACGAAUUGCAAAUCCUUCAAAAUUGCAUAGAUGGCUACAAUGAAAUUCCCCAACAUAUCUUCCGCCCCUAGUAUGUCUAUAAGCGGAAAUGGCUCACAAUAUGAAAACGAGGUGGACUUCUACACCAGCUGGCAGAAUUCCACCGCAGACGAAUACAUCGACAGCAAAAUGCUAUUGGAGAGUUCUAUGACCAACCUAAGUACCGAUAGUAUGCUGGUCAAUAGCCUCACCGAAGAUGAUUACGAGAUUGAAACAAAACCUACCCUCGACGUUUUCGGGGAUAUGCUUACCCCCACCAACAACAACAAUAAUUUGGCUGAAUUGAAACCCCUUCCUCCCUUCACUGGCUAUACAGCCAACCUAAGUAUCAACGGUAUUCAAGGCCACCAUUACCACGCAAUAUCCCAACGUGGCCAAGAAGAAAACAACAACAGCUAUAACAGUUACAAUGAACAUAAUGUUGUUUCUAGUUCUACAUGUAAUAACAUUAACGAUAAUCCUGAUGAAAUGUUCUCCUGUGAAGACACUGCCAAUGUUAAUUACAUAAAUCCAGAUUCAGUUUCUGGUUCUAAUUACGUAGCAUACAGUCCAAUGGCACAAGGAGAAUGUUUGAAUACUAUCAAGACGGAGAUCAAUACGUAUGACAUAUCCGGUUUGAAUGGUAUGGGACUGUAUGGCUACAUAGACAAUUCUACAAUGGUGGAUACAACAGUGAACACUGCCAAUCCUGAAAGUGAAGGAACAUCCAGAGAAAGUUGGGGAUUCGAUACUCUUAUGGAAGGAUUUGAAGACCAGACUGGGAAUUUGAUAGGACAAGAAGGCCUUCCAGAGUAUAUACUGCCUACGACGCCUCCUAAUGAUUAUAAUGGUAGCAUGGAUUAUAAUAUGAGACAACACCAAAACACACCAAAUAACAACUCGCAAAUACAAAGCAUAUUGAAUAAUACGCUCAUGCCAUUAUUGCAGAAUAGACUUCAGAACGGUCCACCAGUUAGGCAAGAUUCUCCCAGCUCGACGAAUUACAGUUCUGAUUUGAUAUCUGCCUCCAGCCCCCCUGCCAAUGUUGGUUCAACAACUGACAACCUCAUGCUCACUGUCAAUGGUAGGUACAUCCCAUACGGCAAUGUCCACAGUAUGGAAGAUUGCAGAAUGAGGUCACCUGACAUGGCCCAUAACUAUCCUCAUACUACAACCACAACACCGCAUGUCACCAAGAAAGCAAGGAGCAAAGCCCAAAAAAGACGAUCUCCCUGUUCAGGUGUGUACGCAAGAGAUUCAACAGAUGGGAGUGUUGUUAAACAAAAACCUAUGCAUAGAUGUUCGAUUUGUAAUCGCGGGUUUAUAAACAAAUCGAAUAUUAAGGUACAUAUGCGAACACAUACAGGUGAGAAACCUUUUAAAUGUGAGGCAUGUGCGAAAAGUUUUCGACAGAAGGCGCAUUUGUUGAAACACCAACAGAUUCAUAAAAGACUUGGUCGAGAUUGAAUCCUUUUUGAAUUUUCCUUAGAAGUUAUCACUGAAAAAGGUCAUUCCUUUUGGUGGUGAUGUUCAUGAA